GUCAUAUACCUGGGUAGGAUGUUCAGGGAGAGAUACUGGGAAUGCGUAGCGGAGAUAUCAGCAGAGUUCUCACAAAGAUAUUAUCAGCUGAGUUCAUGCAUAUGACCACUAAUAACACUGUAUUUCUUCUCACGCUUUGGCGUAAGAUGGAAUUGGUGAUAUAGAGCAACCGAAGUUCUUUUAUUGAGCCCCGGUCCUCUCAUUUCUCGACGCCAACAUGCCCACAACCUGAUCAGUGAGCCUUCCCAACAUCUCCAGGCCCGGGUCGUGAUCCGGGUUGACCUCGGCGAUCGUAAGGCCCCCAAUCUUGUCGCUGCCCACAAAGACCUUUAGGGCCCGCAUCAUCGACUCCAUUGAGACGCCUGUGAAGUUUGGCACAUGCGCCAGGGGGAACAUUCGCGGGUCGAUCGAGUCCACGUCGAGGUGUACCAAGACGACGUCGACCCUGUCCUCGAGGAAACGCAGCGCCUCGGCCGCGCGGGCCUCGGGCGCCCGGGCCACCGAGGCAGAGCUGACGACCUUGAAGCCAUUGUCGAAAAGAUAGGCGAAAUGCUCGGGGGUGUUGCCCGCGAAAGUCAUGUUGGUGCCGAACAGUACCGUGUUGCUUGGGUCGCAGACGGGACCACCCCCGGCGGGCCGGCUGAACUGCUCCAUGCUCUGCAAGGCGCCGGGCCCCCGGAUGAGGUGGGUCAGGUUCAUGCCAGCGAAGAUUCCGGUGGAGUCUGGGUCGGCGGGCGAGGCCAUGUCUGUGUCUGCGUCGAUGUAUACGAGGCCAACACGUGCGGGAGGCGACUGCAGGGCUGCGUGUUGCCAGAAGGCGGACAUGAUGGCCGGGGACAUGGCGCACUCCCCGCCUAGGACGAGCUGGAAGGGGGGUUUGGCAGGGGACGGGGCGCUGAGGUUCUGCACUAUGGCUUGAUGGACGCGCUCGCAGACUGAUAUGUUCAGGUCCUCGUUGCGGACGUGGCCUGGCGCGAAGGUUGUUGGUUUAUAUGAUGCGAUGUCUUCUCCCAGGGCGUGUUUCUCCGAGAUGGAAGGGAUCCCGGCGUCCCGUAGCUUUUGCACGAUACCAACAUCUCGGAAGGCCUGUGGUGCUUUGGACUUCCCCGGGAAGACUGAGCCGCAGUCUGCGGGCACGUAGGUGAUGGAGAUUGAUGAGCGUGAGGAUGCCAUGACACUCUUGCUGCUGAGGCUUCGGAGGGACUCGGCAACAUGAAUGCCAUCUUAUAGCAGAGGGCCAAAGGCGUAGGUUCAAUACCCAGGCAGUGACGCCCUUUCGGAUUGUGCAUGCGUCUGUGGCCCAUAGGGCGGGAGCCUUACCCAAGACGCACGACCAUGAAUAAGCGCCCUGUGGCGGUGGAUGAGAUUGAUAACAUGAAUCAAACAUGGACCGGGGUGUACCGACUGUUCGGCUCAACAAGACUGAGUGAAACUCACCGACGUCAUUUCAGGGCCGCCCUACCCUUCUCCUAGGCAUGUACUGCUGCUGUACCGAGCCCGCCAGCCCGCCAAGCCCGCCUAGGCCCGGAACCCUGUUCAGGUUUGUCACGGCGGCCCACCGUCUCCGGCCCCGAGCGCCAGUGCCCCCCGAGGGUGCCGAGCCUUGUGGGCCCACUGUAGUCCGUACUUGCCUGGGCACUAAAGUACUUAAUAAGUGGUGGUUCAACUUCUGAAUAAUUUUCCCUUGUUCGGCCCGUUCUCAUCCCCAGGUAACCCUCCGCGCGCCUCUUGACGGAGCAUACCCCGGACAGAUGUCGGAUUAGUGCAGUCCCAUCCGAGUUCUGUCGACUCACCACACCCGAGAAAGCCACCAUGGACCGCCACGACCGCGCCGGCGAGCGCGCGCCCCUGCUGUCUGACCGCCCGGCCUCUGCCCCCUCCGCUGCCGGUGCCGGCGACCACAUCGGCGACGGCGGCAUCGUCCCCUGGCGCUCCGAGCUGGCGCUGCUCCUCAAGUACUCGCUGCCGCUCAUCGCCACGUACCUCCUGCAGUACAGCUUCUUCUGCAUCACCAUCAUGAUCGCCGGCCACCUGGGCGCCGACGACCUCGCCGCCGCGUCCAUCGGGAGCAUGACCAUGAACGUCUGCGGCCUGGUUGUUUUCGAGGGCAUGGCCACCGCCCUCGACACCCUCUGCGCCCAGGCCUACGGCUCUGGCCACAAGGUCGGCGUCGGGCUGCACAUCCAGCGCAUGAUCUCCCUCAUGGCCCUCUCGCUGAUCCCCGUCGGGCUGGCCUGGAUCUUCUCCCCCUGGAUAUUGCCCCUCUUCGUCAAGCAGCACCACCUCGCCGUCAAGGCAGGCGUGUUCCUGCAGUACAGCCUGGUCGGCCUGCCCGGCUACGGCGCCUUUGAGGCCGGCAAGCGCUUCUUGCAGGCCCAGGGCGACUGCAACGUUGGCAUGGCCGUCCUGAUCAUAUGCGCCCCGGUAAAUGCUGCCCUCAGCUGGUGGCUCGCCUUCCCCAUGCAGAUGGGCCUGGCCGGCGCUGCCCUCGGCUCUGCCCUGAGCAACAACCUGAGGUUUGUCCUCUUGCUCAUGUACAUCAUGUCCCCAUUCGGGAGGUGGUCUCAUGUCUGCUGGGGCGGCCUCUCGAGAGAUGCCCUUCGUAACUGGGGGCCCAUGGUAUCCCUCUCCUUCGCUGGCGUCAUCGUCCUGAUCGGGGAGUGGGCCGCCUUCGAGAUCUUGACAUUUAGCACCAGCUACCUGAGUACCGACCAUCUCGCGGCCCAGACACUAUUGACAACAGCCAUAGUCGUCGUCUGGCACAUUCCAUUCUCCAUCAGCGUGGCACUAUCUACCCGAAUCGGCCACCUGAUCGGCGGCGGGUUUGUGGACACUGCGAAGCGUGCAACCACCCUGUACUUCUUCGUCUUCCUCUUGGUCGGCCUUUUCAAUGCUGCAGUCCUCUACUUCUUCCGAUACCCGAUAGUGUCCGUGUUCAGCAAGGACCAGGCCAUCCGUGAGCUUGCCGUCGGCUCCAUGUGGCUAGCUGCAGUCUUUGAAAUCAUCGACUCCGUCGUCUGCGGGACCAACGGCCUGCUGCGAGGCCUGGGCAAGACGAGCGCCGCAGCCUAUUUUGCCAUGUCAAUCAACUACCUCGAGGCUGUCCCACUUGCCAUCUGGUUGGAGCUUGGCGCGCCGGCGCUUGGCAUUGAUGGGGUGUGGAUCGGAUUUGGUUCCGGCGUGGCUCUUACGAUUGCCUUGGAGUGCCUCUAUGUGAGGUUGCUGAACUGGCAGCGUGUUGUGGACAAGGUGAAGUGCAGGGAGGACGUCGUCAACGACUGAACCAGGUGCAGCAGAAGACGCAAGAUUGAGCAAGACGACCUUGCCUUCGAAUGCUGGAAAUGCUGGCGCUGCCCAGGUCUGCGGAAAACGAGCCAUCACGACUUCAGCCAAGGAGCUGAUAGCCCGACACAUCGUGGAGCCGCAUCACCCUGAGACAAGAUGUAGGAGUACGGCCCCGAUCACAGUCAAGACAGACCUCUACAUUCGGAUUGCUUGCUUCCUUAUCCCCGACAGUGGCAUGACUGAGCCAUUCGCGAGGCUGAGCAGCUUGCAGGGUGUGUCAAGACUAUGACAUCGGUUGUCUUGGGCAGUCCCGUGGCAGAGCGCCUCUCGUGAGCAUUUAGCGGGGGUCGGCUCAAGACAGCCCGGACUCUCAGCCCGGCGCAUCUGAUGAGGAACAGCCUGAACACUCAUGAAGGUCGAAUGACGUUUCCAGGGCACAGUAGUAGGAAGCCUCAGGUGGGAGGCAAGACACCACUGUGAAUAGAGUAUCACAUGCAAUAUUGUCGCACCACCACCAAGUCUUUCCAAAGUCAUACGAGGUCAGAACAAAGCUCCUGUAGUCUGCUUGCCGCUGGUAUGUAGUCUCGUAUGAGGUUGUCCUCUGGGGGGUUGAGAGGGAGUGGGAAGGCGAUAGAUGCCGUGGCCACGUAGAGGGCAACCAAGCAAUGCUCGU